AUGAGUAAUUUUAUGUUGCGAUAUUCAAUUAUAAGGAAAAACUGUAUUUUUACCGAGGAUAUCGAGGAGAUUCUAGGCCAGCCCUGCAUCAGAUGCCCGCAACACAAGUAUGUCAUCUCAAUUGAGACGGGAGAAUCUUUUUACCGUCCAGUUGAGGUGGUUCACGAGGAGGAACGGGGCAGAAUUAGAAGAAAAGUGGUUCUCCUUGAUUGGAAAUCGAAGGGGAUUUGUCAGAGGACACAUGAAUUGAAGGUCGAAAAUGGUAAAGUAUACGUUAAAUUGAAUGACUCAACUGAAGAGUUGGCUUCAGAUAAAUACGCAUUUCUGUAA